AUGUCUACAACAGCCAAGCCCCGCAACAAGUCGGAUUUCCUCAUGCUUGGGGAUGAGACCUAUGUGCUCCAAAAGAUAGACAGAGGCGCAAGACCGAGCAAGAUCAGAGAUCGGGCCUCUAAACUAUUUCGCUUCGAUGACCCACUCUUUAAACGAAUGAAACAAUACGUCUACGAUCCCCUACCGCCAAAGAUGAUCCGUCUAAUGCGCCUCUACCCAGGUGAUCGCGAGGAUUCCAUCCAAUGUGAGCUUUUCGAGGCGGCUUACGACAACUCCUUUCAUAUCCCUACCCAUGUGCGUCGCCAGUAUGAAAACCCAAAAGUCCCUGAGUCCCAGCACCAAGAUCAGACAGAAGCCAAACGGACACUGCAAGAAGUAAAAGAUUCCCUGAGGGCGUUGAUAAACAGAAUGAAGAACACCCAAGAGAUAGCGCAGGUGGUAGAUGGGGCGACGGAGGAAACAGGGAUGGAAGUAAUGGAGAAAGAGAAAGAACGCCUCAUACUUAACUUCGAAGUGCUGAAGCGCAAAAUUUUGGAGGAAGAGUUGGAGGCCGUUGGGAAGAUUGAGAUUGAGUAUGAAGCAUUAUCGUGGUGCUGGGGUCGGGACGACUCCGAUUGCGCUGUAUCCGUGACGAAAGGUGGUGAGGCCUACAAGAUGCCAGUGAGGAGGGACCUGGCUCUGGCUUUGAAAUAUCUCCGUCACCAAGAGAAGCCAAGAAUUCUCUGGAUUGAUGCUAUUUGUAUCAACCAAGAUAACCACGUCGAACGCAAUCAGCAGGUGCAGAUGAUGUCCAGGGUCUACACUCGAGCAGCUAAUGUCUGUAUCUGGCUCGGACAGCAAGAUGAUGAGAGUGAGGUUGCUUUCAAGUUCAUCAAAGAAGAGAUCACGCACCUGAAAGACUUUGAUUCAAUCAGCUCGGACAAGGAUUACAACAGCAAGUGGCAUGCAUUAAUGGUGCUUAUGCAACGAGAAUGGUUUUCCCGCCGCUGGGUUGUUCAAGAGCUGUCUUUGGCGAACAAAGCCGAGAUAUGGUGUGGCCCUGACUCAAUGCCAUGGAAAGAAUUUGCUGUCGCUGUAGAGCUUUUUGUGGAGGUUGAGAGCGCGACACAUCGACUGUCAGAAGUGAUGCAAACGGACGUGCAGUUUCGGCAUGUAUCCGGCUGGUUUGAAGGUGUUUCACAACUUGGAGCCAGCGUUCUAGUACAAGCGACAGGCAAGGUGUUUCGUAGUUACGGAACACCCAUGGACAGGAACGAAGUAGAUGACAAAGACACUGAUCAGAAAUUAACCGAUGAAGAAAAGACCGCCAAGGAGGAGAAAGCAAGGAAGAAGGCCACUAAGGAGAAGCAUGACCAGCGGGUUAAGUCGCUCGACAGCAUACAAACUAUCGAUCCACUGGAUCGCAGAAGCCUUCUUAGCCUGGAGUAUCUAGUGACGACAAUGUUCAUAUUCAAAGCAAGCGAAUGCAGAGAUUCGGUGUAUUCUAUGCUAGCCAUCGCGAGAGACGCAGCACCAUUCGCUUCGAACACAAUGCCGGACACUACAAACGAAACGACAGUCGACGACAACGCAGUGCCCGUCACUAAGCCUUUUGUAACAGCCAAUGAUGCGGAUUUGCCAUUUCUACUAUCACUCUUCCAAGGAUUUCUCGCAGAAAAACCGUUUCUAGUCGACUAUACUAGACCAUAUUCAGACGUGUGUCGAGAUUUUAUGGAAUUCUGUAUCGAGAGGAAGAGCGCACAUGAUCCAGUACAGGCUUUGGAUAUACUGUGUCGGCCCUGGGCACUGGAGCCUCAGCCUGGCGAUUCAGCUAGGGUGAAGAAAAGGAAAAGGUCACCCGCAGUUGAAACCGGAAGAGGAUCAGAGCUUACAUAUGUGCGAAGUGAAGAAGAGCUUGAUCUGGACGUCUACUGGAGAAAGAAGAUUGAGGGUGAAACAAGUGAAGCAGUCUGGAGGAACGAGGCAAGGGAAAAGCUAUGCGAAAUUUCACAAAAGCGAAAAGAGCGAGAGAAGAAAGCUCGAAUGGAAGAGAUCAAACGAAUGAAGGACUCACAGGAAGAGAAAGAGAACCGAAAUGACGACAUCAACAUGGAGCAAAGUAAAGACGUCGAUCUGCCGUCAUGGGUGCCUCGUGCUAAGAACGCACCGUUCGAGAUUUAUCGCCACCCUGGCAUCCAGAUCAAGAAAACGGGACGAGCAAAUGCAGACCCUUUGGUUGGAUGGCCGCAAGAUGGACAUAGAAACUACAGCGCCGCACAAACCGAGACUGUGAAGCUUGACUACCUCAGGUUCAAGAAGAGACCUCGCAUGGGACAUUACAGUCUCUAUGUUACGGGGUUCAAAGUGGAUGAGAUUGACGAGGUUAGAGAUGCGUCCCAAGGAGGGAGCAUCCCAAACUCAUGGUUGGAGUUGAGUGGAUGGGAACCACCAUACACCCAAGACCCACCGCCUGAAUUUUGGAGGACUAUAGUUGCUGACAGAGGUUUUGACAAUCGUAACCCACCAUACUAUUAUGCAAGAGCUUGCAGGGAAUCUGUGGAUAAAGGUGGGCGGGAAAGUGGUAGCGUGAACACCACGGCUUUGAUCAACAACGAACGGAAUUCCAUCAUUGCGGAGUUUUGUCGGCGGGUUCAUGCUGUCAUCUGGGGCCGAUCUCUCUUCAAAACUAAAGCAGGUAAGCUAGGACUUGGCAAAAACGUCCAAAAAGGAGAUGUGGUAUGCGUUCUACAUGGGUGUACUGUUCCGGUUAUUCUGAGCGCCCAUACAAAGAAGGAGGGAGACCAAGCCAAAGAAAGCUUCGAAGAUUCAUAUCAGGCAAUCAGGUCGUGCAUGCAGAGGCUUGACAAUAUCCAAGUGUGCAAAAGAAGGUAUGAGAAACAGAAAGAGAAGUUCAGGGAACAAGAAGGACAAACUCCUGCUGUUUCUAGCUGGGAGCAAGAAGUGAAAGACGCUCGAGAGAAGGUUAACAGUAUUCUUGCCAGAGACAAGGAGCAGCGUGGCAAGAAGGACAUCAUGAAGCAGAGAUUCAAAAAAGAUGAAGAAAUAUUCUACAUCUUCAAAGGGGAGAGCUAUGUACACGGAUGCAUGGAUGGGGAAGCGGUGCGAGAACGAUUCUACGGGACGGAGCAAGAGUGGAUUUAUGAGUUACGCUGA